AUGUCCCCCAGAAUGCAAGGAGGUUCACCAAUUGAAUCUGGAGUGCUCAACUGCAUCAAUGGUGCGCUGGAUGUCGGUCAUCGUUAUCUGCGUCUGCAUCAUGAUACGAUGCAGGCAAACUGGAAUCAGUACAUUGAAUGUACGAGUAUGCAAGUUGCAGAGAAAGUUGUACUGACUGCAAAAGAAGAUGAGAAGUCUGGGUCUUCUGAGAAUAAAAAGGCUUCUGAGUCUGCCUCGACAGAAGCACAAACAGGAGAGACGAGGAAAACCUCUGCAGCUGGAGCUGGGCUUCAAAAUCCGUUUGAUUUCUCAGCCAUGACUGGACUAUUAAAUGAUCCAAGUAUUAAAGAACUAGCUGAGCAGAUCGCAAAAUAUCCUUCGUUUAAUCAGAUGACCGAGCAACUUCAGCAGACCUUUCAGGGUGCUGCUGAGGAAGAUAAUAUCCCCAACUUUGAUAGCCAACAAUAUUACUCUGCAAUGCAACAUGUUAUGCAAAAUCCUCAAUUUAUGUCCAUGGCUGAACAACUUGGUAGUGCAUUAAUGCAGGAUCCAUCCAUGUCUAGUAUGCUUGAGAAUUUGACAAACUCAUCACAGAAAGACCAACUUGAAGAACGAUUGACAUGCAUCAAAGAAGACCCAUCACUGAAACCAAUUCUGGAAGAGAUUGAAAGUGGCGGUCCAGCUGCAAUGAUGAGGUAUUGGAAUGAUCAAGAUGUUCUAAAGAAGCUAGGUGAAGCAAUGGGUUUUGCUGUUGCAGGGGAGGGUGCUACCUCUGCUGAAGUUUCUGGGCCAGAUGAAACAGAAAAAGCAGAUGAUGAUGAAUCCUCCGUACACCAGUGUGCCAGUGUGGGCGAUGUGGAGGGCUUGAAGAAUGUGAUAGCUUCUGUUGCUGAUAAAAAUAAAGAGGAUUCAGAAGGAAGGACAUCGUUGCAUUUUGCAUGUGAAUAUGGGGAGCAAACGUGCCGUCAUCUUCGACUCAACAGUAACUCAAGCCAGUCUUCGUCACACCGGAUUUUCAGGGUGAAGUGUGCUCAGGUGCUUCUUGAAGCAGGGGCAGAGGUUGAUGCUUUGAACAAGAAUAAGAAUACUGCCCUGCACUAUGCUGCUGGUUAUGGAAGAAAAGAGUGUGUAGUACUGUUGUUAAAGAAUGGAGCAGCUGUCACUCUUCAAAACUUGGAUGGGAAGACACCAAUCGAUGUUGCCAAACUCAAUAACCAGAAUGAAGUUCUAACGCUACUUGAGAAGGAUGCAUUUCUGUGAAUUGGAACGACCCGAUCUUCCUGGAUGUAGGCUGGGGUGAUUAUUUUAAACCCAUUCAUUUUGAGAACUCAAGGAACUGUAUCAUCCAUACAUGAUGCAUUUCUUCGCAAGUGUAUUGUUCAUACAUUUUCCAAUUUUUCUCGAGCACAUACGUUAUACUAUUUGGGGAUUGUUUUGUAUUUUUAAUGUAAUCAGUCUUGGUAUGAAAGUUGCUUUACAUUUUGAUUGAAAAUUGUUAGGAAGAUAUAUUUGUGUGAACUUUUAGCCAUGUUGCACUCUGGGUUCAAGUUUUGUCAAUCUUUAGAUUGAAUUGCAGCAGUAUUCCUUGUUUA